GGUACGCUAAUUCAACGACUGUAUUGGCAUCGAACAACACGUUUUCCGUAGUCAGUACGUGUAGGUUGAAGUGAAGGCAGUGUUUAUUAAAUUGAAGCGUUACAAAUUCAUAGCAAUAUUCAAAAUAAGUGGUAAUAUAAAUGGCCUUAAUUUGAUAUACAAGCAUUUGCCUUCCCCAGAAGUUUUGCCAGUAAUUGCCAUGCUUGGCAGGCGGCUUGGCAACCAGUUAGGCUUUUAGUGAUAUUUUAAGAGGGACACUGCUGCCAAAACCUCUACCAUAAGUUUCCUUAAUCGCCUCUUACGACACCCACGGGAAAAGAAGAGGUAGCCCUUUCUAUGUCAGGACCUACACGCAGCUCCCAAUAAAUUGACGAUAACAUAAUGACAACGGAAAAAAAAAAAUCUGACAAAGAUGAAUAUGACCCGUUUGAGCAUCGACAGGUUGAGAAACCUAAUUCGGAUUUAAGGGCAACAGCAAACAUAAUAAAAGCAUCACUAGGAUCGGGCCUAUUGGCCGGCCCUUUAGCAUUUUCCAACGCAGGAUGGGGUGUCGGUAUAGCCGGAACCAUUAUAAUAGGAAUCAUUUGCGGCCACUGCAUUCAUAUACUAGUUGAAACAUCACGGGAUUGUUGCAAAAUAGAAAAGAAACCUUCAAUGGGUUACGCAGAAACAUGUAGAUCUGUAUUUACAAAUGGACCUAAGGGGCUUAGGCCAUAUGCUAACGCUGCUAGUGUGUUUGCGGAAUUUUCCUUACUAUCCACAUACGUUGGUGUAUGCUGUAUAUACACUGUUCUUAUAUCAGAUUCAAUCAAACAGCUGGUAGACCGCUACGUUCCGUCUGCGAUAUUACCAGUGGAAUAUUACUGUUUAAUUAUAUUGAUACCUCUAUGUCUGCUAUGCCAAAUAAAAUAUUUAAAGUUCCUGGCGAUAUUUUCGCUUUUGGCAAACAUUUUGCUCGUAGCUACUUAUGGGAUAUGCUUGUAUUACAUUUUUGGAAAUGAAAUAUCCUUUUCUGAUAAGAAAGUUGCGGGCAACCCAGCUCGAUACCCUGCAUUCAUUUCUACAGUAAUCUUCGCUAUGGAAGGUAUCGGUGUGGUGAUGCCAGUUGAAAAUGCAAUGAAAAAACCGAAACACUUCCUUGGUUUCCCUAGUGUUCUAGUAGUGGCUAUGUCAAUUAUUGUAUUCCUUUACGGUACUCUCGGCAUGUUUGGAUACUUCAGGUAUGGAGAUGUACUGAGAGGAUCCAUUACUUUGAACCUACCGAUUGAAGACUGGCCAGCAAUAUGCGCAAAAAUAUUCAUAGCACUGUCCAUUUUCUUCACGUAUCCACUUCAAUUCUUCGUUGUUAUCGAUAUUUUUACGAAGUACACUGAGCCUUAUAUAAAGAAGAAGUAUAUUUUACCAACGCAAGUAGUCGCUAGGACGAUAGGCGUCUGUUGCUGUGUGGCCAUCGGCAUCGCCUUACCAUUAUUGGAACAAAUUAUUAAUAUUGUGGGUGCCUUCUUUUACUCCACACUCGGACUUAUCAUCCCUGGUAUCAUACAGACAGUAUUCCGUUGGAACAAUCUUGGAAGACUUAAUUGGAUUUUAUGGAAAAACCUUUUCAUCGUAUUAUUCGGGCUUUUAUGUUUAAUAUCUGGUUGUACAGUUACUAUUAUGGAUAUAAUAAAAAUUCUUCACAGUAAAACUGAAUAAUUAUAGAAAAAGAAUUGUAUAAAACUUAGAAACAAGUUUUAUGGCAUGACAGUUUUAAUUGUAUUGUCAUUACAAAUUAUUUGUGUUUAUAUGUAUACCUAGUCGUGUAAUAUGAAAUUGUAAUAACAACUAUUGUGUUUAUGAUAUGCACGAUUUUGUUGUAAAAUAUAUUAAUACAAUAUAAACAUUUUACCGACUCGAAUAGCUAAUAAAACUUAAACAAUGGAAGUACUUUGACUAUAGUAAUUUUUAAAAUUAAAUAAUCUUUGAUUGCAAUUACUAAGCAAAUAUAUUUAUGAAAAAAAUAAUUCAGUAAGUAAGUAAUUAGCAGUUAAAUUAUUUGUUUUAUUGGGGUAUAUUUAAAUAAGUAUUAUUUGGCAAAAAAAAACUAUUAAAUUAUUAUAAUAAUUUCUUUUAAUAUAACAUUUAUUAUAAUAAAUUAUUAUUAUGUAAAACUAUUUAUUAGAUAAGGAACGUGCUGUAAAUUAUUGUAGAUAAUUUAAAUUAUUACAAAGUAAUAUUUCAAAAUAGACAAGGUUAUCUCUAACCAAUGUUUUAACUUUGAAAAGUUAGAAACAAAGAUUAUCUUGUUAUUCGACUAUACUACUAAUAAAAUUUUAUUGUAACUUUAUAUUGCUUAUUUACAGGAUUAUAAUUACUAUGUACAAUAUUCUUAAUCUUAUGCUCACGCAAUUUCCCAUUUUCUCAGUGCUUAGGUAUAAAACGAAUUUAAAUACAUAGUAUUAUCAUAGAAUAAGGACGUAACUAUAAAAACCUAAUAUGUGCAUACGUACAUUAAAGGUUGUUCAAUUUUAUCUACUUAUCUUAUGUUAAUAAGUUAUUAAACAAAGAUAACCAGAAUGUAACAAUAAAUUAAUUAAGCCCAGAUGAGUGUUUUGUUUAGUGUGUAAAAUACGACUAGGUUUCAUAUGUAUUUUUUAGACUGAAUAUAUUAUUAUACAUCUAAAAUAUAUAUGUUCAAUGAAUAAAAAAAGUUAAAAUUUAUUAAAUGAAUUUUCUAUCAAUAAUAAUAUGAGCACAAAUAGUAUAUAUGAAUCUGAUCAAAAAGAAUACAAUCCAUUUGAACAUCGAAUAAUUGCUAAACCGAAUUCGUUGAAGUAUCUCAAGAAUGUUGUCGCAUAGAAAAGACGCCUUUGCUCGGAUACGCAGAUACAUGUCGAGCUGCAUUCCUGGCCGGACCAAAAGCGAGCAGGCGUUAUGCUCGAUUUUCU